GAAGUGUUUUGUUUACAUUGUGGACAUUAUGACUGUAUUUUAUAUAAGUGACUGUUUAAUAAGUGACUUUCUUAUUCAUACAAACCAUUUCCGUAAUAUUUUGGGCGUUAUAAUAUGGCGAUACCAAAGUGAACAAACUAAUGCGUUAAAGUAUGUUUACUGACAAUUUAUAACUACAUGGAUAAAAAGUUCAUGUAUAAUCAGCUACUGGCUAAAAUGAAUAAUCGUGGAAGCCAUUGCCGUAUUUAUUUAAAGUUUUUUUUCGUAAUGGCUGUUUAUUUAUUAAAAAUGUUUAGUAAAGUUUUUAAUGUAUUACCAUUACAGGAGCGUCACCUUUUAUAUCGUCUUAGAACCAAUAUUAGUUGUUUAAGAUUGCUUUGCACCCCAUCAUGUCAAGACAGAGAUCCAGCGCCCCUGUUCAUCAGCCCCGAGGUACAGACGCUCCUGAAGCAGCUCACCCGGGUGGAUCUCGGCAAAGUGUUCAGGAAGAGGAGGAACGAGCGGAAGCUGGCACCGCCGCAGUACAAGUUCCUCACCGACGACCAGCUCAAACAAGCAGUGAAGGAAGCCCGAGAGAAGGUGGACCGCAAGCUGCAGAUGCCUCCGGUCGUGAAGAGCAGCGGUGAGGUCGACGAGGUGUUGUCGCUGGACCCCGAGCUGAAGGGCUACUGCGACACUGCCUUCGUCUUCACGGACAUAUCCUUCGGCGUGUCCAGCAGGGAUCGCCUAGUUGUGGUGCGGGACCCCGAUGGGACAUUACGCAAGGCUUCGCGGGAACAAAGGUCACGAAUGAAUCAACUUUACUUCCCGGUGGGCGGGAGGCAAAUGAAGAUGCCCAGAAUGUUCGAGGAACAGUACCUGAAGUCGCUACUGGAGCAGCACGAGUAUGAGUUCGUGCUGGACCGUGCGUGCAUCCAGCUGGAGCCGGACGACUCCGAGUUCCACCGCAUUGCCGCCACCGCCUACGACCACGUGGACGAUCACUGCCAGUACGACGCCCUCCGCUCCACCAGGCACUUUGGGCCCUUGGCGUUCCACCUGGCUUUCCACCGCCGCAUCGACAACCUGUUGCUGGACACCAUUCAGGCCGGACGACUUGACGAAUCAGCUGCCUUGGUCAAGCUUUUCCACAUCCUCCACCCGAAGGAAAAGUCUCAAAUGGAUGCUCAUGGACAACACGACGUAGAGGUUGUCAAGAUGUACAUACAAGCAGACGCAGUGAGAAAGAGCAGUCUAGAACUAGCAUUGCAGACGUAUUUGGAUUUAGAAGAGCAGCGACAAAGUGUUAAGGAAAGCAUUCAGAGAGCUCAUGGCACGUAGAUCCCCAGAAUGUUUGUGUGAAAAGAUUGGACUGUUGCAAUUGUUCUUGACCUCUCAAAUUCAAACUGUAGUGUUCAAAAGCUACCUACUUCACCAAAGCUCUGUUGGUUAUGUGCCACGCACCAGUGGAAUACAUACCUUUUGUGAGCCUGAAUUAUAAUUCAUGGUUUAUUUUUUUAAUUGAAUGUUCUGGACUGUGUUAAUUGAAAACAUGAAAAUAAGGAUAGCUCUUAUCCAUAUAAGUAAUGUUCCCACCCCCCAAAAAAUAUGUAAUCAGUGUUGUAAGCCUAGUUUGCAGGAAGCAAUAAAACAGAAGACUAAUUUUUUUUAA